GCCCGCCCCCAAAUAGCCAAGUCAUGCGGUUGUUGCUAGUCGCUGGAUCCUCCCUCUGGAUGGUGUUUUGACUUUCUUAUCGGACACUCAGUGACAGCUCUGCUGACUAGGAAGAGUUGUACAAUCGCCAGUCGUCGCCGGUGACUUGUCUUCAGUUGAUGAAGACUCUUUUGGGGGGAAGCUGAUACAGCAACCGUUUUCGGUUUCCCCCCUCAUACGAGGACAUGGAGAUCACGGCAGAGGGAGAAGCCGAUGAACGCAGGAGGGAACACUGGAAGCUGCUGUCCAGUCUAAAGACCACAGUGGAGGGCCUGGUGUCCAGCAACAACCCCAAUGUGUGGUCUCGCUACGGGGGACUGCAGCGGCUGCACAAGGACAUGAACAGCAUCCUGAGCCACAGGCUCAAACACGAACAGGUGUACUACAAGCAGAAGGACUACUGGCCGUUCGUUUGGUGUGUGCGUUACAUCAGUCCGCACUUGGCCUCGCACGUGGAACAGUUCAGUAAGCUGGAGCCGGUGCUGAGCAGUGGGAUGCGGAGUGCAGGGGAGAGCUACAAGGCCGAGCGCUGGCUGCUCCACAGCCUCCAGGUCCACCUGCUGUCGGCCCAGCUCCGGCCCCUCCUCAGACACCAGGGGCACACGCGCAAGUACUACAACGAGGAGGCCUUUCUCCUGAGCGAGCCCCACGUGACGGCCAUGUUCCAGUGUCUGGAGGCGGUGGAGCAGAACAACCCCAGGCUGCUGGCCCUCAUCGACACAGCCAGGCUCUCUCCUCUGAAGGGCCUGAUGAAGACCCAGAGUCUGUGUGUCUUACCAGGGGCCGGGGGGGCCGGGAGGACGAGCGACGGCCCCCAGCAAGGAGAGCUCAGCCGCAGGUUCACCGCCUCUCAGUUCUCCCUCCGCGAGGGACCCUCCGCCACCAGCACCCCCACCAGCACCACAGCCUCAUUACAGAACACCAUUAACACAGACUCCAGGGCCCCGGGUGCCCCCUGGCUGUGCGUGUCCGGGACAGGGGAGUCUGAGCGUGGCGUGACCCCCCCUCCCGUCCCCCCGGCCGUCCCCCGUAUCGCCCUGAUCGAGCCCGCCUCCCCCGCCGGCCCCCCGCCGGACGCCGGCGAGGCGGACUACGACGACGGGCCCGAGUACCUGGCCAUCGGUAACCUGGGGCAGCGCCGCCGCCGCCGCGACUCCCGCUGCUACGCCACGGCCAGCGAGCCCGAAGAGGCCCCGCCCCCGGGGCCGAGUUCCCUGGCGGGGGCCCAGCCCCCUCUCCGACGCUCCUCCUUCUCUGUGGGGCAGAAGGGACCCGACCGGGGGGGCAAGGGGCACGUCCGUUCGGUGUCGGACACGGGACUCGGUCAGAAACACAGACAUGGAGGUGGCCAAAGGACAAUCACCAUAAUAAUAGAGGACCCUAUAGCAGAGUCGACUGAAGUGGACUCGUGUGUUCAGGGCUACGGUCCCUUCUCCCCGCAGAGCAGUGACGCCAGCACUGCCAGCUCCCUCUACAUGGAGUCCAUCGGUUCAGAUGGCUCUCAGUACGGCAGCAUUCCAGAUGGCAUGUUCCGUAAGCCAUCAGAAGGCCAGAGCCUUAUCAGCUACCUGUCAGAGCAGGACUUUGGCAGCUGUGCUGACCUGGAGAAGGAGAACGCCCACUUCAGCAUCUCAGAGUCGCUGAUCGCCGCCAUCGAGCUGAUGAAGUGCAACCUGCGCCGGCGGGCGGAGGAGGGCGGCGGCGAGGAGGAGGGCGACAGCGACAGCGAGAUCCAGCUGCUCAAGCAGAAGAUCCGCCUGCGCCGGCAGCAGCUCCGCCACCGGCCCGCGUCGUCCUGCACGCCGUCGCAGCACCUGUUCCACUCGACAGACAGCGGAGGAUCCAGGAGGAGCUCCCAGGACUCCCUGCACACGUCCGACUCGGGCUCUGUGGAGGAGGUGGUUGAGUGCGAGCUGAAAGAUGGCAGUGAGGGCCAGACCCUGAUGGCGGUGUCUCAGAGUGGCCUUUCCCUGUCACUCGCCUCGCUCUUUUCAGACGCAGACAUCAAACGUAGCGUCACCUCCAGUGGUCGUUCGUUCCUUAGCUCGGAGUCCAUCUCCCCCUCCUUCCUCCAGUCCAACUCUGCUGAGUCGGUGGCCAUGGGCCUGCUCAGGCAGUUUGAGGGCAUGCAGCUGCCCGCCGCCUCGGAGCUCGACUGGCUGGUUCCAGAACACGACGCCCCUCAGAAGCUCCUGCCCAUCCCCGACUCCCUGCCCAUCUCCCCGGACGACGGCGAGCACGCCGACAUCUACAAGCUGCGGAUCCGGGUGCGAGGCAACCUGGAGUGGGCCCCGCCGCGACCGCAGAUCAUCUUCAACAUCCACCCUGCCCCCAAGAGGAAGAUCAUUGUCGCCAAGCAGAACUACCGCUGCGCUGGCUGUGGUAUCCGCAUAGACCCAGACUACAUCAAGCGCCUGCGCUACUGCGAGUACCUGGGCCGCUACUUCUGCCAGUGCUGCCACGAGAACGCCCAGACGGUGGUGCCGGGACGCGUCCUCCGAAAGUGGGACUUCAGCAAAUACUACGUCAGCAACUUUGCCCGGGACCUGCUGGGCAAGAUCGCCGGGGACCCCCUGUUCAACCCCAACGACAUCAACAACAGCCUCUACAAGAAGACCAAGGCUCUGGAGACAGUCAGGGUCUUGAGAGUCCAACUCUUCCACAUGAAAAACCUCUUCAAGACGUGUCGCCUCGCUAAAGACGUGCGGGACCAGUUCGACAGCCUCCCGGGCCACCUGACAGAGGACCUGCAUCUCUUCUCCCUCAACGACCUCGGCAGCGUGCGCAGCGGCGAACUGGCCCCCCGUCUGCGAGAGCUGCUCAAACUGGGUUCCGCUCACGUAGCCAGCUGUGUGUUGUGCCAGGCCAAAGGCUUCGUCUGUGAGUUCUGCAACAACGACAAAGACAUCAUCUUCCCCUUCGAGCUGAAUAAGUGCCAGCGCUGCGAAGAGUGCAAAGCAUGCUUCCACCGCAACUGCUUCAAGGGGGUUAAGGAGUGCCCGCGAUGCCAGCGUCUGGCGGAGAGGAGAGAGAGGAUGGCGCGGAAGAACAUGGAGGAGCAGGAGGACAAGGAGGAGGACGAGGGCGGCGGCGGCAGCUGAAGGGAACCGCUGAGGAGGGAGGGGAGGAGGAGAAAAACCAAUAGAGCACAAAGCGACAAUGAUUGUAGUGACCGACCAUGCCCUUCUUUCUUCCAGCUCCUUCUCAUCCCUCUUCCCCCCCCCCCCCCCCCCCCCCCUCCAUCUUUCUACUGCUCUCGUUCUCCCCCAAAAGUACAGCUUCCGGGAACG